UCUAAAAUUCUUCAUGUUGAGCUUUAUGUCAUUUAUCAGGGACUCUUAUUGUCUAGACAUAUGCACCACCAUGAAGUCAUUUGUUUCACAGACUCUUUACAUUUCAUUGUUCUUCUUCAAGAUCAAACUCCAAAAUUUCACAAAUUUGCUACAUUAAUCAAAGGCAUAAAAAAUCUUUACAUCAAAAUUGGCAUGUCUGCAUCACCCACACUGUCUGAGAAGAAAAUAAUUGUAAUCAUUUUCUUGCUAAGCUAUGCGCUUCUUCCAAUAUUGGUCUCAUGGUCCAUCAAACUCCUCUAAUAAGUCUCUUUAACCUCCUCUACUCGGAUUCUAUACCUAUUUCGAUAUAAUAUAGUUUUUUCUUUUCUUAUUUUUACUUUCCUUUUUUACUUUUUGUCCUUUAGCUUUGUAAACAAAAAUUCCUUCAAAUGGAAAGAAAAUCUCAAAAUUUUAAUACUAAUUAAUAAAAAGCAAUUAUUUGAUCCUUAUAAACACUUCCCUUCUUCUCUACUCACACACCACAAUACCAAUGGAGUUCAUUCUGCAAUAUGUUGAGCCUUCAACUCUUAUUUUUCUUCUCAUCUCUCUGGCAACUUAUGUUGUCUUCUCACUUGGCCUCCAUAGAAAAAAACUCCCAUACCCACCAGGCCCAAAAGGACUACCCAUCAUAGGGAACAUGUUGAUGAUGGACCAACUAUCCCACCAUGGUCUGGCACGGCUAGCUGAAAAGUAUGGUGGAUUCUGCCACCUCCAAAUGGGUGCCAUCCACAUUGUGGCCGUUUCGACUCCGGAAAUGGCCCGCGAAGUCCUUCAAGCCCAAGACAAUGUUUUUGCAAACCGGCCUGCCAACAUUGCCAUCACCUACUUAACAUAUGACCGGGCCGACAUGGCGUUUGCAAAUUACGGUCCAUUUUGGAGACAAAUGCGUAAGAUAUGUGUUAUGAAAUUAUUCAGCCGUAAACGGGCUGAAUCAUGGGCUUCCGUAAGAGAGGAAGUCAAGGCAACGACUAAAAUCAUUGCCUCGAAAUCUGGUUCUCCUAUUAAUUUAGGUGAACUAGUAUUUUCUCUUACGAGGAGCAUCACAUUUAAGGCCGCAUUUGGAUCCAAUUUGAAAAAAGGGCAAGAGGAAUUCAUGGGAAUCUUGCAAGAGUUUUCGAAACUUUUCGGAGCAUUCAACAUUGCCGAAUUUAUUCCUUGGUUGGGUUGGUUUAAUGGGCAGGAUUUCAACAAAAGGUUGGCUAGUGCAAGAAAAGCACUUGAUGUGUUUAUUGAUGAGAUUAUUGAUGAUCAUGUGACAAAGAGGAAGAAAAACAUGGAGAACAAAGAUAUUGAGAAUGAAGCAGAUGUAGACAUGGUUGAUGAACUAAUGGCGUUCCUUGAUGAGAGUAAUGGUGAUGGUGCUGCUACAGAAAUUUCACAAUCAGCGCUUAAGCUUACUAGAGAUAAUAUCAAAGCACUUAUCAUGGAUGUGAUGUUUGGAGGAACUGAGACAGUAGCAUCAGUGAUAGAAUGGACAAUGGCAGAGCUAAUGAAAAGCCCCAAAGAUCUUCAAAAGAUUCAACAAGAGCUCACCGAUGUUAUUGGUUUAGGUCGAAAGUUCAACGAAACCGAUCUAGAAAAAUUGACUUAUCUCAAAUGCAUUAUCAAAGAAACAUUGCGACUCCACCCUCCAAUUCCCUUACUUCUCCAUGAGACAGCAGAAGAUACUACCGUAUCAGGUUACUUUAUCCCAAAAUCAACACGUGUUUGGAUAAACGUGUGGGCAAUUGGACGCGACAAAAGCGCGUGGGACGAGCCAGAGAAAUUUAACCCGUCAAGGUUCUUGAACGAGGGUAUGCCGGAUUUCAAAGGAAGUAACUUCGAGUUCAUUCCUUUUGGGUCAGGAAGAAGGUCAUGUCCAGGGAUGCAACUUGGACUCUAUGCUGUGGAAAUGACUGUGGCAAAUUUGCUACAUUGCUUCAAGUGGGAGUUACCUAAUGGAAUGAAACCAAGUGAGCUUGAUAUGAAUGAUGUGUUUGGUCUCACUGCUCCUAGAGCUGUUCAGCUUGUUGCUGUACCUAGUUAUCGACUCAAUUGUCCUCUUUGAUUUAUUUUCUAGUUGGUUUUAUAGACUGUUUCAUGAUUUUUCAGCCAAAAAUAAUGUAAUUGGGCUCUCCAAUUUUAAUAAGUUGUAACAUUUUAGACUCUUA